AUGCCAUCAUCAGCAAGUCGCGGAAUUCCGGAAGUAAAGCUUGAAGAAGUUGCUGGUUAUGAUCUUCCAGACCACAUAAUAUUACUGAUACUCAAACAAUUUCUGCCCAAAUCCUUAUUAAGGUCCCGAUGUGUAUCAAAGUAUUGGCUCUCAAUGAUAGACGAUUCUUGUUUCAUAAAAAUCCGCCGAAUCCAAUCAUAUGGCCGGCCCGGUGGAGUCAAGCUUUUGGUUGGUCCACUAAGGAGUAUACGCGACGGUAUAUUUACAGAUUUCUUGUUAGUUGAUGAAGAAGGAAACAAGGGUUUUGCCGUGCAUCCCGCCGGAAAAGACGAUGAUGAUUAUAUGCCUACUUGUUUUGAUUAUGAGGAAGCUGUGGAAGUGAAAUGUGGCACGAACUAUAACGGAGGGGAAGUUCAUCCUGGAGGGAAAAUUGUAAUGCAAGUUAUUUCUUUAGGACCUAAUGGAACUAAUAAGAAUUCAUGGAGACACAUAAGUCACCAUGUUCCAGAAGAAGAAAAGACUAAAGGCAUGAGAGUAUUUCUUUACCCAUAUUAUAAACUGUAUGUUUACCUUAAGAAGGAGAUUUACAUCUUGGUCAACUAUGCACAUUAUGCGCCGGCUAUUAUGGUUUUCUCGGUUGGCGAAGAAAAGUUUAGAUUUAUACAUCUUCCUGAAGAAUUAGAAGACAUGAAAGUAGAAGAGUAG